GGCCAGGGGGAUUACAGAGGGGCAGCUGUCAGUACUAUUUCAGACCUCCACCAGACCUCCUCCCAGACCAGUCUGUCACCUUGCCGUGGUACUAAUACCCAACUGUCCUGUCGCCAACCUCCUUUCUUCUGCUCCGAGUCCAUCCCAUCGAUUGUCUUCACCUCUGUCUUCACACCUUUUCUUUUAGCCUAUUAAAUUUGCUGACUAUUAUUCACCAUGGAUCGCAUCAAGGAGAAAAUGAACCAGCUCCGUCUGGAGGCCGACGAUUCCGCCGCCAAGGUCGAGGAACUGCAGGCAAAGGUCAAGACGCUCGAGCAGGAGAAUCUGUCCAAGGAGCAGGACAUCACCUCCCUGCAGCACAAGAACGGCCUGCUCGAGGCUGAGGUCGAGAAGCUCGAGACCGCCAUUAAGGACUUCAAGAAGGCCGCCGAGGACGGCACCCAGCACUCCACCACCAACGAGGGUCUCACCCGCCGUCUGCAGCUGCUCGAGGAGGAGGCCGAGGAGGCCGACAAGACGCUGCGCGAGGCCAACGAGAAGCUUCGGCAAACCGAUGUCAAGGCUGGACACUUCGAGCGAAAAGUCCAGGCCCUCGAGUCCGAGCGAGACCAGUGGGAGUCCAAGUACGAGGAGAUGUCCAAGAAGUACGCAGAGAUCAAGAAGGAGCUGGAGGACUUCCAGGCCGAGAUUGGCAACAUCUAAGAAGUGCCAGGAGGAGGAUAUUGCCAGUACAGUUACCUUUGCCAGAUGUUUGCUGCGGAGUCGUACCAGGCCUCUCGUCUGCGCGGACAGAACGGGGGCUCGUCAUUACAACCGCGCGUUAUCAAUGCACCCCAGCAAAGGAUGUAGCAUUCUUGCGUUUUGGAGUGGUGUUCUCACGGGUGCACUUUAGACAAUGGUUGGACUUGAUCACAGCACGUCGCCUUGAUAAUGGAAUUUGUUGAUGUUCUCG